AUGGACCGACCUGUGAGGCCAAGAUUGGCCUCUCUCAGUGACUUUCAGUUUGGAGCUGUUGCCACAGAGACCAUCGAAGACGCUCUGCUCCACUUGGCCCAGCAGAAUGAGCAGGCCGUGCAGGAGGCUGCGGGCCGGAUGGGCCGCUUCAGGGAGACCCGCAUCGUGGAGUUUGUUUUUCUCCUGUCUGAACAAUGGUGUCUGGAGAAAUCCGUGAGCUACCAGGCUGUGGAAAUCCUAGAAAGAUUUAUGAUUAAGCAGGCAGAGAACAUCUGCAGGCAAGCCACAAUCCAGCUGAGAGAUAAGACAGAGCCUCAGAAUUGGAGGGCUCUGAAAGAGCAGCUUUCCAACAAGUUUAUCCUGCGUCUUGUGUCAUGUGUUCAGCUGGCAAGCAAACUUUCCUUCCACUACAAAAUAAUCAGCAAUGUUACAGUCCUGAACUUCCUCCAGGCUCUAGGGUAUCUACACACUAAAGAAGAACUGCUGGAAUCAGAGCUUGAUGUUUUGAAGUCCCUGAACUACCAAGUCAAUCUGCCUACUCCCCUGGCAUAUGUGGAGAUGCUCCUGGAGGUUUUAGGGUACAAUGGCUGUUUGGUGCCAGCCACCCAGCUGCAUGCAACCUGCCUGACCCUACUCGACCUGGUCUAUCUUCUGCAUGAACCUGUAUAUGAGAGCCUGCUGAGGGCUUCAAUCGAGAACUCCACACCCAGUCAGCUGCAAGGGGAAAAGUUUGUUUCAGUGAAGGAAGACUUCAUGCUGUUGGCAGUAGGAAUCAUUGCAGCAAGUGCUUUCAUCCAAAACCACGAGUGUUGGAGCCAGGUUGUGGGGCAUUUGCAGAGCAUCACUGGCAUUGCCUUGGACAGCAUUGCUGAGUUCUCUCACGCAAUCCUGACUCACAGCGUGGGAGCCAGCACUCCAGGUCGACAGCAGCCUGUUCCUCCCCACCUGGCGGCCCGAGCACUGAGGGCUGCUGCUUCCUCCAACACAUGA